AUGCGUCUGAAUGACGCUCCUGCUGCACGGAACAGUAACUCCGGCCCGACUCUGCCCCACGCAGUGGAUGGCUCCGACGACAACAUCGUCCUGGCCCUGUAUGACUACGAAGCGAUACACCAGGAGGACCUGAGCUUCCGGAAAGGAGAUCAGCUGAAGGUGCUGGAGGAGUCGGGAGAGUGGUGGAGAGCGAAGGCGCUGACGGGGCAGGAAGGCUACAUCCCGAGUAACUACGUGGCCCGAGUUAACUCCCUGGAGUCGGAACCCCCCCGCCUGGACCCCCUGGCUCUGCGCGAGAGGAGUGGGGGAGGAGCUUUCUCCUCAGUCGGGGGCCACGUCCACCAAAGCGAUGGGCUCUGCCAGAAGCUCACUCAGCCCUGCACUGCGCCCAAGCCGCAGAAACCUUGGGAGAAAGACGCAUGGGAAAUUCCCCGGGAGUCCCUGAAGCUGGACAAGAAACUGGGAGCUGGGCAGUUUGGAGAAGUCUGGAUGGCCACCUACAACAAACACACCAAAGUCGCCGUGAAGACCAUGAAGCCGGGCAGCAUGUCGGUGGACGCUUUCCUGGCCGAGGCCAACCUGAUGAAGAGCCUGCAGCACGACAAGCUGGUGAAGCUGAACGCGGUGGUGACCAAGGAGGAGCCCAUCUACAUCAUCACAGAGUUCAUGGAGAAAGGCAGCUUGCUGGAUUUCCUGAAGAGCGACGAAGGGAACAAGCAGGUUCUCCCGAAGCUGAUCGACUUCUCUGCCCAGAUUGCGGAAGGAAUGGCGUUCAUCGAGCAGAGAAACUACAUCCACAGGGACUUGAGAGCUGCCAAUAUCCUGGUCUCCGCCACCCUGGUGUGCAAGAUCGCCGAUUUCGGACUGGCCAGGAUCAUUGAGGAUAAUGAGUACACCGCCCGGGAAGGUGCCAAGUUUCCCAUUAAGUGGACUGCGCCAGAAGCGAUCAAUUUUGGAUCUUUCACCAUCAAAUCCGACGUCUGGUCCUUUGGAAUCCUCCUGAUGGAGAUCGUUACCUAUGGGCGGACCCCGUACCCAGGGAUGUCUAACCCGGAAGUGAUCCGUGCCCUGGAGCGUGGGUAUCGAAUGCCACGCACAGAUAACUGCCCGGAAGAGCUGUAUGAUAUCAUGUUGAAAUGUUGGAAGAACAAACCAGAAGAUCGUCCUACCUUUGAAUACACACAGAGUGUUCUGGAGGAUUUCUAUACUGCAACGGAGAGCCAGUACCAGCAUCAGCCUUAAUGUAGAAAAUCCAAUGACAAGAAUGGAGAACCUAAGUUGUGUCUGCUUUAGUACCUGUAAUAUAUACACACAGUCUGUUCUUCAGUUCCAUCCCUUCCUUCAUUUUCCUUUAAUAUAUACUGUCCACUUCCAUCAGCCUCUUCUUCGAUACCAAAGAUUCCCUGACACUGGCUCAAGUUGAGUUGGAGGCAGAAUGCAGUCACAUUACCUUUCAGCCUCCCUGGGUUGUGAACUUGCCGAAUAAGCGAAACACCAUUAGGCUUGUUAGCACGCAAGUGUGCGACUGCCAUGGAAAAUCCAUUGCUGCAGAAAGGCAACAGCGGGUGGCUUCCUUCACUUUAAAUCCAGACAGAACUAUUGCCCUAGUGUAGUGCAAGGAGGUGCUUUGAGACAGAAGUUGCCAUCUUUCCAAUGGGAUAUAAAACUGUGGUCUUGGCCCUAAAGAUCCCAUGGCACUUGUUUGCUUUAUGCAGCUCCAAUUGCCACGUGCUGAAGGGGUAUAUUGUUAAACAGCUGCUGGAUUUCACCCCGGAAGUGGUCACUUGUAAAGUGGUUUGUAAAGGGCUUCAGAACCUAUGGAUAAAAGGUUUCAUGUAAAGCCUCUUUCAAGCCCAUUUCUCUUGAUUGUUUCCUGCCUGGAUCUGAACAUGGAUGAUUCUUCUGCCUCUUCUUGUGGAUGAGCUAUUGACAAGUGUAUUGUAUUGAACUGAACUAGAUAUCAAGUGCCUUGAAGCAGGAACCUUAUCUCUUCACAAGACAUGUAAAAUGACUCUCAUGUAAAUGGUGUCAACAAAUAACAGACAUUGGCCUGAUUGUUUUUCCCCCUUGAGUUGCUGAGUGAUGACACCAGCAUUUGUCACUUUGAUUUUUUUUCAAUUCCUUUUUCUUGAGCUGUUUCUGCGGGUUUUUAUAGCGGCGCCUUUACAGCUGUCUGAGAAUUAUGGGGGUGUUAUCUAGAAACUAUAUUAAGAACAGGAUGCUAGAGACUGAUCAAUUCUCAAGCAUCUUGCAGUGUGUAGUGGGUGACACUGGAAAUCUGAAGAGAAGGUAAUUGAUGUCACUGAUUCCAUCCAAUUUCUUUUCGCUGGGUAGGGGAGGGUAGUAAACUGCAAAUUGUAAUAACUUGCAUUUCCACUAAGGAACCUGCAUUUCUUGCACAUUUAUUUUGGGGGUUGUGUGGUGUUUUUGUUUUUGUUUUUGUUUUUUUUAUUUAGUAUUUAAAGAUAGAUUAUUUGGGAGAAGGGAUGGAGAGAUGACAGGAGGAAGGAUAAAGAUUGUGGACAGAUUUAAAUCUCUCUCUCUUUUUCCUAGUGAAUUUCUGAGAUAGUUGUGUGACUUUCCCAGCCAAUAAUAACAGGAGGGACACAGUGGAUGCUGUACUUCUAUCUCAGCUUUGAUUUUCAGUCAAUAAAUGUGAAAAUGUCUUGCAUUGUUUGUGGCUUU